ACAUCGAUGGCAUCAAACUUCUUUUACAGGGUCUUCACGUGUCCCUAGAUGAAGAACAGCAUGCAGCUAGCCCCCUUUUGCAACUCAAUCGAGCUCGUUCGAUGAAACUACCUGGUGAACAUCAAUCCGUCUCUGCAUACGAAGGUGAAACACUGUGGAAUCAUUCGGCUCAUAUCGUCGAUUUUGUCAAAGCUGUCGUCGAAGAUAGAGUUCUAAGAAAUGACGGGCCUGAAGCGAGCGAAAUGGUUUCAUCAUUGAGAAACCUUGUCCAGGCUUUGGAAGGGCCUGCUUCCGUGCGAGGCCCAACUCCGGAUUCCGGCCUCGCGAAAGAUCUGGCCAAUCCUCCCAUGCCUCCUUUGGAGGCUGUAGUCGCGGUACUGCGAUGGGCUAAGGAUCACGAGUCGAAUACCAGAAUUGACUGGAUAUCCAGGAUUCUACCUCUACAAAAGUUCACCGACAUCUGUCAAAAGGUCUACUUUGCCGUUGACGAUUACACGGAGGUCGACUUCAUCCUAGCCAACGGUUACCUAUCCUACGUAUUCUUUGAGCACGUCGUUGUAUCUGGGCGUCGAGACUACGGCGAAUACUGCAGACUCUGUCGCAAGAACCUCCAUAGCGCUCUUUCGCGGCUCCCGCUUCUCUUACCCGCCUCUAUGGAGGUCGUUGCUGCUUUGACGCUUGGGACUUACAACGCGAUUGAAAACUCUCAAGGUACAACGGCCUGGACUUUCAUCUCGGCUGCCGCGAAUCUUUGCCAGACGCUGGGAUAUCACCGCCUCCGCUCCUCAGGAGAGAACGACCGGCCUCUACGAGCUGCUCAGGAGCGUCUCUUUUGGAGUAUGUACAAGAUGGAGAGAGGGCUGUCGCAUAGACUCGGCCGAUCGUCUAACAUCCACGAUGCUGAGAUUACGUUACCGGUUGGCUACCCAGGAGAGUCACGGCAGGUCAGGCUUGCGAGGAUCCAGGGGAAGGUCUACGAUCAACUCUACAGCCCGACCGGCUUAUCGAGACCGGGUGAUGAACGCGGACAUAUCGCUGGGGCGCUCGCUGGAGAGCUGCGAGCACUGAUCCACGAAUUGAACGGCGAGAUUUCAGAUGCCAUCAACCACCCCGGCGACGUCGCAACGGAUCCGAUGCGAGUCGUGUAUCUGCGGUGCGACCUGAUUUGCGAAUCUUCGUUGCUCUGCUUGAUACUUAGGGCCAUUCCAAUGGCUGCGAACUCCCUAGGCGGCGUUUUGGACGAGUGUGUUGCGGCUGCUCGCGAUGCUUUGGACAUACACGAUCAGUGUAUGAGGGAUGUACGGGCCUGCAAGAAUGACUCGUUCAUGGUGACGAGAUAUAUUAAUUGGGCGAUUCUGCACUGCCCCUUCGUCCCGUUCAGCAUCCUGUUUACCCGCGCCGUCCAGGUUCUAGAUGCCACCGACCUAGCCCGUCUAGAUCGCUUCGCAGCCUCGCUGCAGCCUGACGAGUCUGCUUCGCCAGAGUCUUCGAUCACACACCCAUACCGACUGUAUGAGCUACUCUGCCAGGCUGGGCGGCUCUACUUCGAUUCCAACGCUACGUCUUCGCUCACCGCAGACCCAACCUUGCUCUACAAUCUACCAGAUUCCUUGGGCGAGUUGGACUUCGGGAUGGAGGUAGGGACCGGGAUAUUGGAUGUGGGUGGGGUUCAAGGGAGCGAGCUGAGUGAUUGGUAUUACGGGAAUCAGCAGAUUAUGAGCUUGCUGGAUGAGAAUGCGAUGUUUUGAAAGCGACGCUGCUAUUGCUGCAAAGGAUGCUCGGGUGCUCGAAGAUGGCGGUUGAUGAUUGCUUGGGACGGAAGCCCGGGACGUCAAAAGAAAGUCAGAGCGCUGCCGAGUCCAUCGUGCAUGACGGAGGGCGAUCAGCCGCUAGCUCCAAGACAUGAAGUAAGGUGUGCAGGCGCUGUUUGCGGGUGAUUGGAGCUUCAUGGUGGUGGCGGAGCAGAGUGCCAAUUUACUGGCAGGGCUGCUGUUGCGGAACGCGGGGCAGGC